AUGGAAGCUAGUAACCCUAAUAGUCAUAUAGGGUUUUAUUAUUUAAAAGGUGGAAGAGCUUCACUUUCUCAUGACAAGCAAGAGAUAGCACGUGGGUUGCCUCCUGAGUUUUAUAAUGGAAAGAAGGAGAUUAGGGUUUUUGAUUUGGUGCUCAGAUCUUCAUCAGAAGCAUUGUCUCAGGUAUUUGCAGAAACUAUUAUGAGGGAUGACGAUGAUGCUGGUAAGUAUUCAAAUGGGAAAAUCCCGCUUGUAGUGUUCAUUCGCUUACCAGUGAAAGUUAAAGUUAGAAAAUUGAAGUUGUGGAAGAUGAAGAUGAAGAUCACUUGUGAUUAUGCGUAUAGAUACAAUUGA